AUGGAGCAAAGCAAACGCUUCUCUCUAGAAAGUACAGAUCGAUUAAGGACUGAAAAUGAACGACUAAAAUUUGAAAAGGUGUCUGGGCAAUCUGACAAUACCUACAUGGUCAUUGUUUUCUCAGAUUAUAAACUGUUUAUAACUCAGAUUGUAGCAAGAUACUGUUCAGAAGCCAUGGAAAUUAGGUAUCAAUUGAAAAGUUGCGUUCUGAAAUCGGUAAAUUUAAAGAAGAAAUGGGCAAGCCGCUUAGUACCUUUUGGCUUUGACACAAAAAAACAAACAAACAAACAUCUUUUCUUUCCAGAACAAUUAAAGGCAGCAAAAGAAUUCUCUGAUGUCCGUUUUUAUAGAGUUGAUGUGACCUUGGACUCCAAGACAGCUCACCCAAGACUAGAAGUGUCUGAAGAUGGGAAGAGUGUGAAAGACACAGGAAAUAUUUCUAAGAUUUCUAACAGUUUGGACAUUCCUAACCAUAUGGGGAUCCUGGCAAGACAGGGAUAUUCCAAAGGCAAAUAUUACUGGGAAGUAGAUGUUAGCCAGAAAAAGAAAUGGGACUUGGGGGUUGCAUCUGAAUCCAUUUGUAGAAAAGGGAAAAUCAUAUUGUCUCCUCCAAAUGGGUAUUGGGUCAUAGGCCUUGAUGGUGGGAAAGAGUACUGGGCUCGGACAGACCCAUGGACCCUUCUAAAGGUGACUGGGAAACCUACAAGGAUAGGGAUAUUCCUAGAUAUGUCAGCAGACAAAAGCCUGUCUUUUUAUGAUGUCAACACAAAAAAGAAACUUCACACUUUUAGUAUUCAUUGUUCUGAAAAGAUGUAUCCAUUCUUCUCUCUUGGAAUAAUCUCUGAAAAGGAAUAUAACCAGCCAGUCAAAAUUGUUAAAUCUUUGGAAGAAGAAGGGACUCUGUAAUGAAAAAAAUACAUAGAGGGGGUAACUCCUUUGAAAAAUGCAUUGUUAAUAUAGAUCUCUUAAAUAUUGUGUGAUUCUUUAUGUUUAUUUGGAAAUAAA